UUAGUGUCACUGGAGUAUAUUGUCAGUGUCCAAGAGAGGUUCGAUCUGGUCAGUUGUACAGCUUUAUUUUGCCCUUUGUCAACAUCCUUGGAUGAAAGAGCUCUCUGGGUCUGGUUUUCAGUGUGGAUGAUCAUGUCAGGAGUCGUGAAAACCCUUGUGGUGGAUGCAGGUCCCUUGAUCAAGGGUGCAAAACCGGAGAAUCUCUCCUCAGAUGUUUAUACAGUUCGAGAGGUAGUGUCUGAGAUAAGGGAUGCUGCUACUCGCCAACGCCUUGCUGUGCUGCCAUACGAGCUGAAGUUUCGUGAACCGUCACCUGAUUCCAUCAAAUUAGUGACUGACUUUGCAAAGAAGACGGGUGACUACCAAGUCCUCUCCGCAGUAGACAUCAAGCUGAUGGCACUGACCUAUCAGCUUCUGCUGGACAAGGAGCCAGAAGCGGCGGAGAAGGUUCGCCGCACACCGCUGAAGGCGUUGGAAGAGUCUUCGGUGACAGUAGAGGCCACGAGCACUGCAAUGGCAGGCCACAUAGCCGGCUUCUACAGACCGAAGAAGGAUGAUGCAAGUACAAGUAAGACUGAGACAUCCAUGUCCGGUGAAGAUGCUGCUGGGUCUGGUAAUGUGGAUGGCCACAUGAGUGACGACGAAGAAGGAGACCAACAGGACGAUGAAGAAGACGGUGAUGAUGAUGACGGAGGCUGGAUUACGCCGAGCAACAUUGACAGGGUGAAGAAGGAGAUGCAACAGGGUGAUGUUGAGGCGGUCUCGGGCGACCUGAGUGUCGCUUGCAUGACAUCCGACUAUGCUAUGCAG